UGCUUCGAUGUAACGAUUAGCUGUCAACAUUUUGUCUUGUAAACACAGUUUGGAGAAAAAGAAUUUCAGUUUUAUUAUAACGAAUAUAUUAAAAUAAAAACAAUUCAAUGUAAAAUCAAGCAAAAGUUCGCAAAAACAUUAAAUACAUUUUCAUAAGGAACAAUAUAUAUUGUGCAAAAUGUUUGACUCCACCCAAGAAAUAAGUUUGGAUGUGUGGCAGAAAUGGAUAUUGGAAGCCAUUUCCAAAAUUCGUUCGCAGAAGCAGAGACCCAGCGUACAGCGCAUUUGUCAGGCGAUUGGUACGCAUCAUAAAUUUCACGAAGACAUUGUCGCCGAAAAGUUGGAACAAAUUGUUGAAACUGGCGCCGUGAUUAAAGUUUAUAAUAAGGGAUUGCAUUCGUAUAAAGCACCCAUGGCAAAGCGGGUUAUCUGCAUUGAGAAAAAUACCAAUUUGUGCAAGAUAGUCGCAAGAGCUGUACACGAUCUAGGCGAAUGCGAAGGAUCCAGUGUAAAGAGUAUUGAAAACUACAUACAAAAAUUCAAUAAUAUUCAACUUGUUGGAGACGCAGACUACAAAACAGUCAUAAAACAGUCGAUUAAAAAAGCCGUUGAAGCUGGUUUUCUCAUACAGGAGGGUAAACUGUACAAAAAAGGACGUUCAUUAACAACACCAAGAAAUUCAAAUGCAUCGGCUGAUAUACCCGUACAAAUUGGAAACGACACAUGCAAACAUUGUUCGGGAAAUGCUCAGAAAAAUUUAAAUGGUAUUCCCGAACCUUUGAGUUCAUGCAAACAAUGCGGCAUUUCGCUACACACAACUUGCGCUAACAUAGCUGCAAAAUGCAAAACACAGUCAUUUGUCUUACUUUAUAUGCUUGUAACCAAGGGUAGCUCAUGGUACUGCGAAAAUUGUGUCAAAUGCAAUGCUUGUGGUAAGGGAAAUAAGGGUCCCUGUCUUUUGCAAUGUUUUGUCUGUCAGAAGAAUUUCCACUUGAAUUGCUUGGACACUAUACCGGACAAGAAACCGAAACAUCCAUAUCGAUGCAGUACUUGUUUAAAACUAAAUACCGACGUUUUUCGAUUAGUUAAAGGCAAAGAUGCGCAAAAGAAGAUGGUUUUAACCAAGAGUCGUGCCGCAACUGCUAAACAACAAUUAACAAAUUCAUCGCCUUCCUCAAAAUUAAACUUGAGUAAUACAUCGAAUACGACACCCAAUAGUUCGCCGGAAAAGGGAUGGACUGUCGCCAGAGGUAAGGCCAGCGCCAAAACGACGCCCAUCAAAGUAGAAACUAACGUAUUUGAAGCUGUAGCCACUUCAACAGCUGCGGCAAUGGCUAAAGCCCGAGCUCAAGCUAAUGCAGAAGAAACGUUUAAGCAACAGUUGAGCGCCUAUCAGGAAUCGUCGCUGAAAAAUAUGAAAAGUCGUAAAAGAACUUUAUCAAAUUUAUCUUCAUCCAGCUCUUCAAGUGACAGUGACGACGAUCAGAAUAACGAAGGUGAUGACCAAGAUAAUGAUGAUACUUCAUCCUCGGACUCAUGUUCCUCAACCAGCAGCAGUGGUUCAGACUCGUCUGAAAGUAGUAGCGACAGCUCUGAUUGUGACGACAAUGAUGAUGAUAAUGACGACGAUGACUACGAUUCAGAAAAUAGUGAAUCAAAAUCGAAUGUCAUGCUGGCGCAAAUUUAUAAAAAGCAAAAGUGUGAGGGUUUAUUAAGUGCUGGAGCGAUGGGUAAGCAUUUAAGCUUAGUUCAGCCCCAGAAGGAGGAGGAAUGGGGAUUUGCUGCUGUGGCCAAAAGUAAUCCCGAUAUUUUCGGAAAUAACAGCAACAGUAAUACUGGAAACAGCAGUAGCGAUAUUGUUAAAAGUUUAAAAUCGGUAAAGCGAAAAAUUACCGAACAUUUUACUUUACUAACCAAAGACCAAGAACAGGAUCAGCAGCAGCAGCAACAACAAAAUCAAAUUGAAUGUCAACAAAUGCUACAGAAAUCUUCAUUAAUACACCCAGCUGCUACAGUGAAUCCAACACAUGCUAAUUUUGUUCAAAACGAUUCAAAAUUAAAUUCAGAAAAAAAUAAGAAUAAAUCAGCCAAUUCUCCUACUCAGACUCAAGUAGAGCAAAAACCAACUAUGAUGAUAAAAUACAAACCGAAACCAACUACAGAUGGAACUUUGAUUAAAAAAGCAGAUGCUCCGGUUGUGCAAAAGAAAGCAGUCUUGCUAAAGUCUAUGCCAUUAGAAAAGAAGCCUGUUCCAAAACCGGUAGAUGAAGAUGACGAGGAUGUAAUACCGUAUCUAUCACAAAAGAACCUUAUCAAAUAUAAAAUGUUGGAAGAUAUAGACAAAGCAAAAAAUCCAGAGAAAAUAGAGGAAGCUCCAAAGGAACCAGAAGAAAAACAUCCCUGGGAGGUAAAGACAGAUGAAAAUCCCUUUGAUUCACAACCACUACCAAAUGGUGUGUCACAAGCCGACUAUGAUGUCUACAAAGUGAUUAGGGAACGAGCCCGUAAAGCAAUAACCGGUGCUAUGGAAAGUCCCAGCAAAUUAAUUGCCAAGCCAACCUUUAUUAAUUCAAAUGCCGAACGUUGCCCCGGUUCAAUCGAAAUAGGAAAAUGGCAUAUAGAAACCUGGUACUCGAGCCCCUUUCCCCAAGAAUAUGCCAGGCUGGCAAAGUUAUACUUGUGCGAAUUUUGUUUAAAGUAUACGAAAAGCCGUUCAGUUCUAGAUCGCCACCAGAAUAAAUGCUCAUGGAAACAACCACCCGGGACAGAGAUAUAUCGGCAUCAAGACCUUUCGGUAUUCGAGGUUGAUGGGAAUAUCAACAAAAUCUAUUGUCAAAACUUGUGCCUCUUAGCCAAGCUCUUUCUGGACCACAAAACACUCUACUAUGACGUAGAGCCCUUUCUCUUCUACGUUCUCACAAAGAACGAUAAUAAAGGAUGUCAUCUAGUUGGUUAUUUCUCAAAAGAGAAACACUGUGCUCAAAAAUACAACGUCUCUUGUAUUCUAACAAUGCCUCAGUUCCAAAGGCAAGGUUUUGGCAGAUUUCUCAUUGAUUUCAGUUAUCUCUUGAGCCGAGAGGAAGGUCAAUUAGGUACACCUGAAAAACCUCUGUCGGAUUUGGGCAGACUCUCGUAUUUCUCUUACUGGAAAUCUAUUCUCUUGGAGUACAUGUAUGACCACAGAAAUGAUCAAAAGAUUACAUUUAAUGAAAUAGCUCUAGAAACUGGUUUAACUGUUGUUGACAUUGCACUCGCCUUAGAGCUCUUAGACUUUAUAAAAUUGCGUAAGAACGAGCAUGACAUACGCUAUCAAAUUAACAUAAAAGUGGACUGGCAAAAGGUAACGGAUCACCAUGACAGACUUGAAAGAAAGAAUAAUCGCAUUCAUAUUGAGCCAGAACGACUACGAUGGAGUCCACUAUUAACGUAUGUUAAAAACAAUCAUUCAUUGGACCAGUCUGGCAGACAAAGCUUGUCGCCCAGGAAAAAUGUUUUAAAAAUUGAAGAAUCCCCAAAUUUGCCGAAAAUAAGCAACCAGAGACAACAAAAGCUGCAAACAUCGCCAGCAUUAUCAUCUGCAACAAAAACAAUUAAAAAGAUAUCCUGUGUUAAUCCCAAAGCAAAUGAAACUAGCAGCAUUGUUCCCAAAACUGAAAAUGUAUCGUCUGUGUCCAAGGAUGACCAACCUGUUCUUGAAGUUUCCCGAAAUCUUACGAAUUCGGAAACUUUGUUUCAAGAUAACAACAAUGAAGGCGAAUGUACGAAUAAACGCAAGAGAACCGAUAGUCCUUGCGAAUUAGAAGAGGACGAAAAGGAAACAAAAGAGGAGGAUGUAGAACAGUUGCAUAAAAUUACUAUAAAUGCUAACAAUUUUGACGAUCAGCAAGAUAUGGAUAUCUGUUCACCAGUAGAGGAAAUACAAACCAAGCAGGAACAGGAACCAGAUCAGGAUAAUCAGCCAAUUAAACAGAAAAUAGAAGAGGAACCGAUCGUGAAAGCAGAACAAAUUGAUGCUUCUAAAAGUAGUUCUAAUCGUUCCCAACGCUUAGCUAAUAGAAAACAAGGCGCCGUCUUGCCACCACUUAAAAGAAAGCACGAUGAUUUAGACGAAUCAAAGCCUGAUUCAGUUAUAGAGGUACCAGCAGAUACUAACCCAGAACCGUGUGUGGAGGAACCGGUUUCGGAAGCUGUUGCGCAAACCGUUAGUGAAAGCAACGUACCAAAAGAAGAGGAAAAAGAGGACGCUGUUAAAAUAAAUGCUAAUGCUUCAGAAGAAGAAGAGAAAAUUGCAAAAGCAUCUACCACAAAUGUGGAAUCAAAAAAUGAUAAGCGUGUUCCGAAUUUGUUUCCCAAACUAAGAGCAAAAAAUUCGGGUAAAAUAAAUGAAGAAAUUGCAAAUGAUGUAGAAAUGGAAACUAUCCAACAAAAGCCUAAAGAUUGCAUGCUAGAAACUACGAAACCAUGUGCAAAAAUGGACGAAGCAACAAAUGAAAACCUACAAAAAUCAACUAUUAAAGUUGAGUACAAUCCGCCUUCGUCUUCAUUCACUGCAUCUCCCCCUAAUUCAGUUAUAAAAUCAACUGAAAAUGAUGAAAAAGUUCUCGAAGCUGUUGCAAAGAAAACGAAAAAGUCUCUUUUUAAUGAAACUGAAAACAUCGUUAAACCAGAGAUAGAAACAACCAACGUAACUGACGUUCCCAAACUAAACGAUAUGGAACCGUUGCAGCAGAAAGAUAAACCGCAACAGAGUGAGGAAAAAGACGAUGUAGAGAUGAAAAUUCAAGCCCCCAUUACACAAACUGCUGUCGAAAAUGUUUCCGUUGAUAAUAGUGAAACAAAAAUUAACCAACCCACUGCAAAUUGUAAUGUGUCAGUCAUUAGCGAAUCGAAGGUCCCAGUGGAAAAUCGAGAAAUACCAAGUGCUACUGGUGUAGAUGCUACUAAAGAGGUAAAACACUCAGCAUUCAUCGAAGAGACUAAGCCAGAACCAAAAAAGGAAACUGAAGUUCUAAAAACGGAACAAUUGUCACCACUUCGCAUAAGUCCCAGUCAAAACGAGACAGCAGUAGCCGCUCAAGAGCCUGCUAAUAUAAAACCAUUAAAUGAACCAGCAAAGUCUAUCGCUCCAGAAUGCGAGAUAAAAGUUGCAAAAAACUCAACUUUAGAAGAGACAAAGCAAAUUGAAAUAAAGCCACAAGAGAAUAUGGUUUCAAAUAAUUCACUACCGACAGUUGUAAAACCAGAAAUAACUCAAGUGCAAAACACAGAACCAAUACAACCGAAAAAAGAGCAACCCGCUUUGAAAAGUCCUCCAAAAGUCGCUGCACCUGUAAACAUACCUGUAAACAUACCGGACACUAAACCAGUUUUAGUUCCCACACCUUUGUCUCAGUCUAUAUUGCAGCCUACCGAACAGCACAUUCAAGUACCACAUCAAUUGCAAUUGCCAACACAGGCACAUCAAUCACAUCAGCCACAUCCAACUGUAUUGCACUCUUCAAGUAGUGGUAUGUUGAAAACUUCCGCUGACAAGUUUAAAUGUAAAACUGAAAGAGGUACUUCGGAACAUGUCGCCAGCAUUGUUAACAAUGAAAGAUCAACAACAACGCAUGAAAAACACAUUAAAUCGUCCAAUAAGUCGAAGGAUAAGAUGGAGACAAAAUUGACAUCUGAAUCCAAAAGUAAGUCCUUGCACGCUGGUCGCGAAAAACAAGAGCAACAAAACAAGUUAAUUGCUCAAACGCAAGGUGUGAAGCCUUUGCAUGGACCCAUACAAAUUAAAGAAGAGGAUAGAAUGUUGCAAGCUUCAGUAUCUUCGUCUACAGCACCUGGGGUACAUGAUAAAUUGCAUUUCAAACCCACAGCUGAACACAACUUGAAUCCAAUCGACCUAAAUAAAAUAGCGCCACAAUUUCCUUUAAAUCAACUCUCCAAUUACCACACUUCUCAGUAUUGGCAGUGGGACUACUAUGGUUACAAUCUUUCCCAUUUGGAUGCAACCGCACAGAAAAGUCAAAACAAAUUCCACAAGGAUUUAGCCACAUCAAUGGCCUACAACAACUUUACACAAAAUCUAUACCAAUCGGCCAAUUUGGCCAUGCAACAUGUCCACCAACAGCAUAUGCAACAACAACAACAGCAGCAGCAACAACAGCAACACCAUCCCAAGGAUAAGUUGAAGGCCGAGCGUAAAACAAGUCCUCUUAAAAAGGAGGAAGCCAUCAAAAAUCAUACACAUACACCCAGUGUCAACGAAAUGAUGCGCGAAGACAACUCCGCUUGUAGUUAUAACAACAAUCAAAUUCACUACGCUAAUGCUCAGAAGAAUAGAGCAACAACUCAAUCCGAACAUCAUCAUAUACGUUCCACUAUCAACAAUCAUCAGAGCUCCGCAAACAAAUACCAUAAUGCGCAACAGCAAGGUUCAGUAAGUCUAUUGGCAGCUCAGCAAUUGCAUCAACAACAGCAGCAACAAGCAACUUGUCAGAAAGCUAAAGUCGAACAGAAUAUCAAUCAAUCGACUGGUGCUCAAUCAUCAACAAAUCCCAUAAAUCCCAAUGAGGAUAAUAAGAUGAAAGCGACCGGCUCUUCUGUUUUGAGUAACAACGCUCAACAGCAAACUAAUAAUUCGGCUACCGUUAGUCCAGAAAUACCCUCACCAAUGGUAUACAAUGGUAAUAACAACGAAACUUCAGGCGCUAAUAAUAACAAUAACGCGGCCACUGGCUCAAACAAUAGCAGCAACAACACCAACACUAACAAUGCUGCUAACAACAACACCAACAAUGGUCCCAAUGCAAUGCAUCAUUAUGAAUGUGGUCUUAAUGUACCAAUGGGUAUGGACUCACCAGCCAGUAUCGCUAGCGAUAUAACACAAAAUUCCUCGGAUGUAUCGGGCAGUGGAGUUCACAUGCAACAGACACAACAAUUUUCGAAUUGUUCAAUGCAAAAUCAAGGCACCAAUACACCCAUGCAUAUGUCCAUACAUACACCUCAACAUAUACAGCAACAACAACAGCAGCAGCAACAAAAUAAUAUGAGUAUUAAUAAUCAAAAUCUUAACAAUUUGGGACAUAAUCAACAACAGCAGCAACAGCAACAACAACAGCAUAAUACACAACAAAAUCGAAAAAUAAAUCAGAAUGAAAACCCAACAUCAGGUUCUAGUGCCGCUCAGAGAUCAACUACGCCAAAAUUAAUGCGCAACACAAAUACAUCAACCUCAAAUGCGCACAGACAGUCUAAACAGCAACAACAACAACAGCAGCAACAAGCUCUAAACAAUAGUCUCACUCAACAACAGCAGCAACAACAGGCUCUUGGAAACCAUGCCAAUCAAAACAGCUCGGAGCAAUCGCAGCAUCAAGAACAAUUGCAUAACAUACAGUUUAGCCAAUUGAAUGCACAUGCCCAUCAUCAAAACAUGCAGGGCUCCGAGAAUAUAUACAUUUCUCAUUUGGGACAAAAUUAUGCCGGUAACACUUCGAAUUACAAUGAAAUCGCCAACAUGCCGGCUGUUAUACAACAACGAAUGUCACUUAACAGCGCAAUCAAUUCGCAUGCAGGAUCAGUACGCGUGGAACAGUCGUCACCUUCUUGUGCUGUCAAUAACUUUUACUUGCAAAACAACUUGGCUGCUAACGAAUCGUUGAAUAAUGCAGCUAGAGUGCCUAUUUCUAUACCAUCGGGAGGCUCUUCCACAGCUAGUUCUUCUAAUGAACAUUCUUUGAAUCAACAGCAACAGCAGCAACAACAACAGCAACAGCAGCAGCAACAACAGCAGCAACAGCAAACCAGAUCUGAAUCAUUGCCAAGUGCUCAGGCGGGUUCGCCAGCAGUUGUCGGAAACUUGAGUAGCCUCUCAAGAUUGCAACAGUUAACUAAUGGUUUGGAUAUACCACCAUGCAACACUUCACCUAUAGGCCAGGUCGACAUGACUUCACCGCCACAACAUGGCUUGGCGAAUAAUUCGAUGACUCCGCCACCCCACUUGAUAGUUCCACAAAAUAGGAACCCCAAUACUUCGCCCAAUAUGCUGCAAUCUCAAAUGGCAUCUUUGCAGUACAAGUACUAUUCGAGCAACAUGAAUAUUGCUCCCAUAACAACAACUCCACAGAGUAUCAGUCGUUCAGUACGCAAUACUGCAUCGGCACCAAUUCAACACAUUUCCUCUUCGCCCUCCACCUCUUCACCCAAUAGUAGCCGACCUGCUAACGUCCACAUUACACCGAAUUUAAUGACACCCUAUAGCGCCAUCAAUAGCUAUAGAAUGUCUGCCCAACAGGGCCCGUCAUCUGGUUAUUCCACCGGUGGCGAAUAUCCAAAUUCCCAAAUACCAAUGCAAAUGGGUGUCAUGAAUAUGCAAUCUCAAUAUCAAGAUGCAUGCGCUAUACAAAGAGCAGCCCAACAAAAUUCAAUGUACUCUACCUACUCUCCAUAUAUAUCUUUAAAUGCGCCCAUGAGAAGAUAAGUGAAAAAGAAAAACAAGUUAAAAUAUUGAAUAUUUUAGCUUGAUAUGAACAUUUUUUUAACAAUAACAAUUAAAGUAAAACAACACAACGUCCCUUCUUUCUUUACCCCCCACUGUCGCCCCCGUAUUUUGGCCUCAUCAUAAAGUACUUUAGAAUACAUAAGUUACAUACGAGUGAGAGUAAUAAUUAUACGCUCAAAGCAUGGAAAAUGUGUAUUAAACAAAACACGCUAAAUCCUUUUUUUACAAUUUAUAUUUUUUAGAUUUUUUUUCACUUUUAUUAUUGUUUGGAAAUGGUAAAGAAACUGCUUAAGAAAUAUAAAUAAAACUCAAUAAAGAAACUUGUUCAACUACUGGCUUAAAUAGGCCAGUAGGCUGAGUUCUAGUAAAUCCAUAAUUAGCCGCUUAAAUUUAUAAAAUAGAAUUUUAUGGACGAGCGGUGGAAUCUAUGCAAAGAGGAAUAUGUGAAGAAGACACAAACAUAUAAUAAAUUAUAUAUAUUAUAGAAAUUACUUUCAUUCGUGACAUUUCUUAUUAGUAGGUAUACACUCACACACCCACACAUAAAAAUAAUUAUUCUUAUUAAACUAUUAUUCACUUGAUGUCCUUCAAAGGAAAUUAAUAAAGUUUUAUCAAACAAAAAAAAAAAAUAAUAAAAAUAAAUAAUAAAAUAGAUAUUGUAUGUGUCAAUAUAAAU